AUGGCUGCUACAUCCUAUACAACAUUACCAUCUAAUACAUAUGCUGGUCUUGGAUCUCAAGGAGAUCUUUUUCAUGCGGCUAAUUAUGGUACAUAUGAUACAGGUGUUGGAUCAUUAAUAUCACCUUCUAAUCAAUAUCUAACAACUAAUUAUGAUACUCAUCUUACAGAUAAUCAACGAAGACAACCGUAUUCAAAUGAUUAUCUUCAAUCUAAUUAUUCAAAUAAUGAUUAUUCAACUCAACAACCUCAAUAUUAUUCGAAUGAUAGAUAUGCUCAACAAUCAACAUAUAAUCAAGAUACUCUAUUGAAUGAUUAUUCAAAUUCUCAAAAACAAACAUAUAAUGAUCGAUCAACAAUCCCUAAUAAUAUUGAUGAAAAUUAUCCUACUAAUGAUACGAUACCGUCAACACAUAAAACGACUAUAGAUGAUCAUCAUGUUGAAUCUAAUAAUCGAUAUCAGGUAUAUCAAUUAAUUAUUUUUUUUUCGUUUUGUUUUAUCUUUAAAAUAGAAUUCUACUAGACAGAUUUUAAUUUUUCUAUUAUAAAAUAUUCAUUUUAAAAUAAUUACAAGAAAAUAUCCAUUACAAUGGAAGAGAGUGAGAAUACAAAAACAAAUGAAUCAUUAAAACUUGUAUUUCAUAUACGAGAUGAACAUAAAUUAAAAUCAAAAAUCUGGAAGAAAAUAAAUACUUUUAUUAAAAAAGAAAAAAAAACUCAUUUUCUCGUACUAUAACACAUCUAUUAAGAGAAUCCCAUUUUAGUCGAAAAAAGAAAUGCUAAUAUGUAAUUCUUUACAACAUCAUAUUUUUGUUGCUAAGAAAUAUACUAUCUAUUUACAUAGAAUAGAGUUUCUUUAAUAAACACUUAGUAACCAUUGAAUAAUAAUAACACACACACAUAUUCCCGUGUAUUUAAGAUUUCAAUUUUGAAGAUACAUAUACA